AUGCAAUAACAAGUUAUUAAUUCCUUAAUUUUCUAGACUCAGGAAAAAUGCAUUAGACAAUUGUUCAUUCCACACUGUGCAAGUAGAAGUGAUCAAAAAAGUCAAUCUGUAUAAGAUGACGGCUCUAAAAAAACUUUGUUAAGACUUGCAGACCAAGAUGUACCGUCUUCAAUAGGAUUUGUGAUGACAAAUUUAAAUAGACAGGAUUCAUGCUCAUAGUCUUAGUUAGAAUAAUAAGAAAACGAUUUCUAAUAAUAGAGUAUUAACAAAAAGAAAGAAAGAAAAAAACAUCACAGCCUCAAAUAUUUAAGUCGCUAGGUUCACAGUCUUGUCGGAUCGCAAAGAGAAACCACCUAUAAACAGAUGGCAGACUUGCUUGCUUCAGAAAUAAGUAAAUCAAGUUUAUCUUCAGAAAGUAAAAACCUCAAACGCAGAGUUUAUGAUUCCAUUAAUGUAAUGGUUGCUCUAGGAGUCCUAGAAAAGCAGAAAAAGAUCAUCACAAAAGGAUCGAUGUUUCAAUAGAAUCAUAUGACGAGUAGAUACGCCAGAGAUACCAGAGACAGAUAUGAAAUUUUGAGACAAUAACAAUUUGAUGAACUCAAGAGAAAGAAGAUCUUAUUUUAAAAAUUGACCGAUUAGGCAAAAAGAAUAAAUGCCUUAAUCGAUCAAAACAAACGUCUCUAAAAAGACGAGUCAGACUUCCUACAAGGUCAAUAACUUAAAAUAUAUCAAUUCCCGAUUAUGAUAUUCAAGUUACCUUAAAAUGCAAAACUUAAUAUCAUACCUACAGAAGGGAAAUCUUAGGUCUAAAUUUUGUCAGAUCAUGAAAUUAAAAUUGUUGGGGAUUAUGAUAUUUUGCCUUUAAUCAAAAGAAUUGAAGAAGCAAAAGAUAACAUAAUUCCUGGACCAAUGUUGAAUUUAUGAUAAACUAAUAAAGAAAAUUUUGCCAUCAUUUUCUUACUAAAA